AUGAAAUACUAUUUUGCUUUCUUAAUAAUUUUAGUUUUUGUAUAUAUCAAAAGGGAUGAUUUGCAAAAGCUUACUUAAAUUGAAUAAAUAGAGGAUGUUGCAGAAAAGAAUAAAAAAUUGGCAGAGUUUGUUAAUGGAAGAUAAAUCCAUGAUUUAUUUCUUCUUUAUGCAGUGAAAAUGAUUGAUUCUAAUCUUAAAAUGGCUUAUUAUACAUUGGAGGAUACAGUGUCAUCACUUUCAAAUUUGCCUACUCUAAUUUAUAAUAGGAUUAUAAGGGAAUCUAGAAUUCAAAUCAAAAGUAUUCCAUCUCAAAUAAACUUUGCAAAUUAUUUUGGUGGUGCCACUAUUCUUACAAAAAGUAAAUAAUUAGUUGGAGUAGAUAAUAUUUUAGUUGAUAAUUAAGAAACGUAUUUAUAUUCUGAUUUGAAUUUAGUUAUAUGAUCACAGAAUGUAAUCAAGAGAAAUUAUUUUUUAUAAUUUGUUUAAAAGAAGAAAUCUAAUUAGAGACAAUCUACUUUAUUAAUAAAGAAUUUUAUUCCUCAACAAUAAAGAAUUUCAAGGUAUCAUUUAAGAAUAAUUAAUUUUCUUAGGUUUUUGGAAGUAUUGUAUAUCCUACUUAAGCAUGGGAUUUUUUGUAAGCAUUUGAAUCAGAAGAUAUAAAUGAUUGGCAAAGCUUUGAAUUUGAAUCUCAUUUCCUAAGAUAUUUGAAAAUAGAGAUUAUUGAUUUUCAUUAAGCAGAGUAUCAUUGCACUUUGACAUAAAUAAGGUAUUUAGUUUAUAAUUAAAAAUUUAGAGUUUUUGGAUAAACAGUUAUAGGAGAUUUAAUAUAAUCACAUAAAAGAUAUAAAUUACAAUUACCAAAAAUUGAACCUAUAAAAGAGGAAAUUAAAUAACCAUAACGAAUUAAAAUGCCAUGUAGUGAAAUAAUUAAUAAUUACUCAAAUAACAAUAAUUCUACAUGCAGUUAUUUCGAUUACAUAUUUGAUAUAUAAUAGUCUAAUAUUGAUGAAAUUGAUGAUCAAAAUCAAUAUUUAGAUGUGAUUCCAUUUGAAUCUAAUUAAUCAUUAUUUAAAGUGACAGCUUAAAAUAUAGUUAUUUUAUCACACAAUCUUCAAUUGUUAAAAGAAUAAUUAUAAUCAAUAAGUAAUAAUAAAAAGAGAGAAAUGGAAAAUUAAAAAUAACAUGAUUACAUAUAAUAGUAAUUAUUACUUGAACUCACACAAUAGCGAAAUAUCAAUAGUAAUUUAGAGGAAUAAAUAAAACAAUUGAAUUUUCUCACUAAUGUUUGUGCAAUAUGUAUAGUAAUAUUAUUUAUUGGACUUUGUCUUGUGUUUAUAAAUAAGCAAAAUCACUCAGGUAACAACAGAAAUUAAUAAAUUUUUAUCUAAAACAAUAAGAAUAUUCCUGAUAUUACUACUUUGACUCCAAUUUUGGUGAACGGGUAUUCGAAUAUGAAUGAUGAAAAUUGUCAUCAUAUAAUAAAGAGCAAAAGCAAUAAUAGCAAUCAUAAAAAUACAAAAAAGAGCAAUAUUGUUAAUUGAUUUAUAUUAUUACUAUUUUAUUUAAAGAAUUAAAAUAUUUAAUUCAUAAAUAAUUAAUGUUCCCUAGUAAAUUGUAUGAUUUACAAUUAACUCCUUCGCUAAAUAAGUUUAAUUCUGAUUUUUAAAGUGCUAAAUUGAUAGAGUCAUUUAAACAACUAUUAAUUGAAGACGAUAAGGAAAUAGUCACAUCCGCUAUGGUAUAGUGCUUAAAUCAAAAAGUUAGGAUCUGAUGAAAGCAAUUUCAUAUUCUCUGUAUGGUACAUGGUUUUAUUGGAAAGCUUUGAGCGAAAUUUGUCAAGGUGAUGAUCUCAACACCAUAAGUUAAUAAUUGGAGAGAAAAAUCAUAAUUUAUGAUAUUUGUGAAGUUGAAGAUUUGAAAUGCCAAGUGAUUAAUUUUGGAUAUAAGAAACGCAUAUAUUUGGCUAGAUAUUUAAAUUACUUUUAUGUGGUGGGCAAAAAGGGUACAUCUGAAAAACAUAAGCUUAUAAAGGAUAUCUUGAUGGAUGUUAUCAAUGAAAUAAUAGGAUUACCUAUUAGAAGGCAUAAAAGAUCUUAUUCAGAUGCUUUCAAGUAUCUUUCUGAUUAAAAGGAUAACAGAACAAAUAAAUUGAACAUAAAAAAUGUACCUCUAUCUCCUUCAAAUAUAUCACGUACUAGCUUAUAAAUGCAAUUACUUGAUGAGAUAAAUCAAGAGAGUGAUCUUCUCUUAAAGGAAUGUAAUUCUUUAAUUAAUUGUCCUUCACCUUAGAAUGAUCUUUUACAAUCUCUUAAUUUAAAUUUAUAAGAAGGAACAAAUAUAUUAUCUAAUGUAAAUAUAUUAUAUAAAAAUAUAUAUAGAUAAGAUAUUUUGGAACUCUAAAGUUUUAUGAUGAAGCAAGAUCUUAUGGCUUUAUAAUUAUGGACAUGGAUGGCAGUGAUUUAUUUGUUCAUUGUGAUGAUUUGACUAAAGCAGGGAUGAGUAAGGAUUUCUUAAGAACAGCUAAGCAUGGAAAUAUUAUUAGAUUUUCAUUUCUUAUUCUUGAAUACUUUGGAAAAUAUAAUAAAAGUAGAAAAGCAGUUGAUUUAUAGUUUAUUCAAGGUCAACCAUAUUUCAUAUGA